CGCAGUCCUCGUAGACGGCAAGCCAAGAGACAGGCGCGCAGCCCCGGUCACACGAUCCGCCCGCAGACAAAGUGGGUCGAGCCGGACAAGUCCGCUCCGCAGAGUCAGAAAAGAAAAGCACGCAGCCAGCGUCGUCGCACGCGCAUCUCGCUCCGGAGUCCUUUAUACCCGCCUCCAGUGUGCAUGUCGGUCAGUCCAUUGCCGGGCCUUCUCAGCACCCUCGCUCGGCCGAAACAGGUGUGGGCAUGCAGGCGGCCAUUCCAAUCAGCCGCUGCAGCCAAUAAGGCCCUGCCGUUCUCCCUCCAUAACGUUCGUGCGGGAGCGGUCACUAUCGACACGCCUGGCGGUGGUGGCAGCAAUGUGUUGCGCAUGCUCAUGUUCGGGAAGCCGGGGGCGGGCAAGGGAACGCUGUCGGCGAGGCUGGUGAAGAAAUACGAUCUAUUAUCGCUGUCGACCGGGGACAUGCUUCGUCAACACAUCGCAGAGCGAACGGACGUCGGGCGCAUUGCUGAAGAGAUUGUCGCUUCCGGCGGCCUGUUGCCUGAUGACAUCAUGCUCAAAGUGGUGACAAGUCAACUCGACACGCUGCAUGACAAGCACUGGAUUCUGGAUGGAUUCCCGCGAACGUUGGGCCAGGGACAGCUCCUGGAUGACCAUUUGAGUAAGCAGGGAACUCCCCUCACCCUCAUCGUCAAUCUCGACGUUGCCGAUGAGGUAAUCCUCAGCCGGAUCUCCGACCGCUGGGUGCACCUACCUUCAGGCCGAGUAUACAAUCUGGAGUACAACCCGCCCAAGGUGCCCGGCCGCGACGAUGAGACCGGUGAGCCCCUCACAAAGCGACCAGACGACAAUCCGGAAACAUUCGCGCGCCGUCUAGAGAAAUUCUAUGCAUCUACGUCUCCUCUCUUGGAUUACUACCGAACACAGGAACCUCCUGGUGCCAGACUCGUGACACUUACGGGCGCUACGUCCGAUGAAAUCUGGCCUCAGCUAGAGAGCGUCAUUAGCACAUACUUCCCCGCUGUCAAGGAGCACGCGGGAAGCAAGGCGCAAAAGAGGCGCACCAGUUUGAGCGAAGCUGCCCUCGUUACUGAUGACAGGCAGCAGACCCAGUUGUCUGGCACGAUACUACCAGAGCCGUAGAGGUUAUGACCUUUUCUUCUCACAUCUAUGUUGUAUAGUCAGUCAACGCUCUUCCGUCAUGGUGAUUUCUCGUCUGCUCUCUUCCUCCUGUUAGCUAUGUUUGCUUCUUAUAUAGUCACUCGCUAUCUGUGAUUGUAUUACUAGCCGCUUUACCUGGAGAUAUAUGCUCACGAUCAGCCGA